UGGGAUUGUGAUCAAAUCACGUGUGAACAAUAAUCUUACCGCGAGACUGAGCGCACUAAGCAUUGGAAACGGAAGGCGAUGCGAGCUAGCAGAAGACAUUUGUGUGUUUCGGAAAUGUAACAUUUGUACUUAAGCUGCCAUGGAUGCCAGUCUGGAAACAGAACAAGACAACAUUGCUGGUGAUCACAAGUCAGAGCAACAAGGUGAUCUGGAACACCAAAUUGGGAUAUCAGAAGAUACAGAUAAGACUGCUCGUCCUAGCCUCUCAGAGUUUAAAAAGUCUUGGGGCUUCAGGCGGACAACUGUAGCCAAGAGGGAGUUCAUGGAGGAAAUCAUUGACCUGGACCCUAACCCCAUUCGCAGGGGCAGGAGUCGCCGCACCAGGCAAACACGCCAGCCCGCUGUAGACCCUGAGCCCCCCCCAAAACCUAGCCGCUCAGCCAGUUCAGUUAUAGACAACCUAGAAUGGUCCGCUCCCUCCUCGCCUGUGGAUACAGCAGCCGCAGAGGCCUCCACGGGAGGGGCGCUAGACCCCAGCUUAUGGCAGGACUUUGGCUCUGCUUUCCACACUGCCUUCUCGCUUCUCGGUGGGAAUGAGGACACGCCCAUGGACAUGGCAGAUCCCCUGCCAGGCCCUGAUGAUACUUGCGCAAUGGAUUUUAGUGAAACCCUUAGCUCAGCCGGGGCCGAGCUACCCGAGAUGGGAGCAGACGGUUCUGACAGUGUGGAAGGGGCUGAGGAUCCUGACCCCCCUGAGUCUUCUCUCGUGGGCGUGGUGGGGGAUGAAAACCAGGAAGUGCUUAUGAUCUCCAGUCAAGAAGAUGACAGCGACAACUUGACUCUCCUGCAGCUGAAGGAACAGCUGACAUCCAAAGGCCGAACCGGCCGAGGAGGGAGAGGGAAGGCCCGUGGGAAAGGUAGGGGGAGAGGGCGAGGUAGGGGCAGAGGUAAAGGGAGGGGUCGUGGAAGGGGCAGAGCAGUGGAACUAGAGUCCAGCACUGCAGACGAUGAUGAAGAUCAUACUCUAGUGAGUCAGAAAGCACUGUCACUGCUGCACGAACAACAAAAGCCAGAAGGCAGUCCAAAGGAGGUGGUGGUGUUGGACUCAUCCAACAGUCCCAGCAAACUUAUAGACUCUGACUGCAUAAUCUUGGACAGUGACCCUGAACAGUCUGCCGAUGGCACCCCAGGCCAAUAUGACGAUCGAGAGGACGGGAGAGUUGAAGAGGAGAGGGGCUAUUCGAGUAUUUCCGACAGCGAAGGCUACGACCCCAACGCCCUGUACUGUAUCUGCCGUCAGAAACACAACAAAAGGUUCAUGAUCUGCUGCGAUGGCUGCCAGGAGUGGUUACACGGAGACUGUGUUGGCAUCAGCGAAGCACAGGGUCGUUCCAUGGAGAGGCGAAGAGAAGAGUACAACUGUCCUACCUGCUCCAACAAGAAACAAAGAUCACUCCUUGCUGACGUCCCGUCUGAAGAUUUGUCUGAGAAAGCAAUUCCAGCAGGCUUGCCGAAUGUUCUCGCAUCUACUGCUGCUGUCGAAACAGUGGUAGAGGUCCCCAAGCAGCAGGAAAGCAAGGGGGCUGCUGAGGUGACGCCGGAGCAGGCCGGGCCAGCGCCUGAUAUUAAGACGGAGACGGGCAGCUCGUUUCCUCUCUGCAUCGGCCCCAGUUGCCCCAAACAGGCCUUGCAAGACUCUGUGUACUGUGGCACUGAUUGUAUCCUCAAGCAUGCAGCAGUCACCAUGAAGUCCCUUACCGAGCCCAAGCCCAGAAGUCGACCACAGAGAAAAGCUGCCGCCAGGGGUCAGAGGUCGGGUGGGGUGACUCAGAGUGUGGCAGAGCAACUGAAGGAACAUGAAGAGGAGCAGCAAGGUGAUGGGGGUCAGAAAGAGGCAGCGUCUCCCCUCGCCUGUCAUUCCAGCCUCAGUGCAGUUGAGGCUGCUCCUGUUGAGGCGUCGCCUGUGUUGUGCAUGGCCUGUAGGUAUCUUUCACUGCACAAACACAUCCAACUGGCUCACGACAGACCCUCAAAUGAAUCAGUGAAAUCACAAACAGGCCAACACCUCCAACUUGUAGUCCCAGGCAAGGGAACACACACACACACACACACACACACACACACACACACACACACACACACACACACACACACACACACACACACACACACACACACACACACACACACACACACACACACACACACACACACACACACACACACACACACACACACACACACACACACACACACACACACACACACACACACACACACAGAGAGAGAAAGAUUUUAUUUAGCCGAGUUCAGCAAUGGGUAAGUAUGUUCGCUUUUUUAUUUUGCUUUCUUCAGUGAAUGUACAUCUAUAUUCAGUACAUGUCAAUCUUGAGGGGUCUGCAUUUCAGUAUACCGGCCACACUCAAUUUGGUUGCAAAUGUGACUCAAAACCACGUUUUCGAAGUACCGAUACAGAAGCUGAAUAGACACAAACCACCCCGUACAGCAGGAAUUGGUCUGAAUACUCCAGUUCCCAAUAUCAAUGUGAACACCAUCAGCACUGCCACACUACUGCCAAUGUAAACGUUACAAAGCAUACGCUGUACAAUUAUUUUAUUGAACAGUGAAGAAAGACAGGGCAAAUUGGAAGAACUUGACAUAGAAGAACCCCCCCCCAACACCUUAACUCGUAACCUAACACCGCAGAUUUAGUUAUCUUCUUUCACAAUUCUCUGGAAAUGACAGUUGCAUUCAAAACUUGUGAGUGAUUUCUCCAGAUUGUUAGUAGGCAAGCCCUUUUAUUUAGUUUGGCCCUUUCUUGUGGUUUCUGAUCAGCAUAUAUUUGUAUAUGCAAUUGUAUACUCAUCCUCUCAGUAAACCUUUUUAAGUUUUGUACUAUACUGUUACUAUACUUUUUAGCCCACAAUUUUAGUCCAUACAGUACAUUCAGUAAUGAUCUGCUAUCUAACAGAUAGCCGGCAUCAACACACUUUCUUUUUGGGAAAAGGUUUAAAAGCUGGGUUGGCCUUAAUAGUGCCCAUCGAUCCUCAACCUUCGUUCCAAACCCUAUGAGAAAGCAGACACCCCUGUAUACUCAGCAUUUGGUGAACACAUGACGGGUUGCUUAAUGAGGUUGAGUUCUGGGGUGAUAACCUGCCCUUGAGGAAGAAGAACAUUCAGCGUUGUCCUACUCACCACUACCACUGAAUCGGUCCAUGGCCUGUUGCUUGGGGAUGUAGCAGCAAAACAACGUUGGUCGGCUUUGGAUUUCUCUUCUGCUCACCAGUUGUUGUUUUUUUGCUUGACACACAAAUUGCUGUGACCUACAUAGCAUCUGCACCAGGAGAACAAACUCACAAAGCAACUUUCUUCUAUAUUUCGAAAGGAAGGACACCCACGACCAUACACACUACAUUCAAUAUCAAUCACAAAACACUUUCCUUGUCCGUUGGAAUCUGAUGCACAAACUUUUCUGACUGAAGGAAAAGAUCAUGGAUAGUACAGUGCAGCUCUCAGGGCUUUAAGUCAUUCAUCCUCUUUCACACACAAACAUUGACACGCAUACACCAUUACUCUCUGGCCAGCCAUCAUACCAUACAACUGUCCGUAAUAACUUAGGUAAAACUGGGUCAAUCGGGGCGAGGGGGGGGUUCAAGAAUGAAUGACAAGCCACGGUGCUCCACCCCGGCCGUGGAAUGGGAGGACUGACAUCUGGGUGCACAGACCGAUCCCAAGGUGUCAACAAUGAAGAUGAUGUCAGAGAAAAGCAUCAGCGGCCUCCACCCAAAAAGCCGUUGGUACCAUUCCACAAAGAAAACUGGCAGUUAAAGACGUAGCAGGCCUGAGUGAGUUACAUGUUCCCAAUUCCUCAGCCCCUGUGGAACACAAUCAUUUUUUUGGGUUUGGGGCUGCGAAGGUUUUAUCAUCUAGGAUUCAGGAUUCAGGAAUCAUGCAUACAUACGACCUCUACAUGUCAUUGCAGGAGCUAUCAGGAUUCAGUGGUCAAUAGCACUUCUUUCUAAGGAACAAAAAGAAUGUUUCUUAACACCAACAUUUAGGGAAAAGUUUGGAUUUCUUGCACAACUUGGCCAACAGCAACAAACUAUUCACCCUGUAGCAGAGACUCCAGUCAUCUUAAUGGUUACAUGUUAUACCACCAGGUGUGAGUGUGAUUAGCAGUUACAAGCCGUUUUGAAAAUCUGCGUCUUCUGACAUCCCAAGUGGGCGUGUCCACCUAGAUGUGUGCUGGAUAGUCUACCAGCCUACCCAGUGGACUGAAGCAAACGUUGCUCAUCUAUCCAGCAUACAUCUAGGUGGACACGCCCACUCGUGAUGUCAGAAGACACAGAUUUUCAAAACAGCUUGUAACAGCUAAUCACAAUCUUACCUGGUGGUAUAAUAUGUCUCCUUUAACUGGUCAUCUAGUCCUAACUUCUCUUCCCCAACCUCUGAGCACUGAUACAUUUUGCAUCACCAGGUUUCAUGUGUAGCAGAAAGAGAAGUAAAUAUUCAUUGCCUUAUAGAUAGGUAGUAAGUGGCUUGCAUUGUUUCGUGCAUCAUGGCACAUGAAGGUUUCCUAAAGGAGAUGUGCAAAUUUAAAAAGGCAAGAGUAACUAUAUUUGCCUUUGGGUCGAACAAGCAAGGGCUAUCUUAAUGAUUUGUGGGUUAUGAUGCAUGGAUUUGUCUCAGCAAAACCACAUCUGAGAUCAUUUUAUAAGGUGUUAUAAUAACAAAUUUUAGGUAGAUUUCCCUUCAGUCAAAGUGAAAAUCCUCCUGUGAUGCACAUGGCAUGUGCACUUACAUUAAUUUGUUUGCAGAGAUACAACUCAAACAUGCAUGCAUACAUACAUACAUACUUGUCGUCUGCAUACAAUGUGUGCGUCAUGACACGUACGACUUCUUGAUACCACAGGAACGAAUUUAUGCCAUCCAAGUUUAGAUUUUUUUAUUAAAAAAUAAAUAUACCAUGAUUACAAGGUACGACAGCCGAAAGACUAGUAAGGGACGAAUUACUGCGAGGGAUGACCAUACGAGUGAGUCAGAGGACACUGGGUUCCGUGGGCCCUGCAGUGCUGUGUGUCUUGUCAGCUCGCUGUAGGAGGAAGGAGAGUGAGAAAGUGCAGCUGGUACUGGGGUAUCGAUACUGCAGACAUUUAGUCACUCAAGAAUUCCCCCCCCCCCCCCACACACACACACACACACACCUAGGGACCACAUAACAUGUAUUCAGGUUACUUUAUUUUACGACCUCAUAUCAGGGUCAUAUGUGGUCCUAUAUCAGACACUUAUCUGAUCUCUGGCCAUUUAACAACAGGUUGGACUGUUUCAUUUCAUGUGUUGCUGCUGGCUCCUCUCUCCCCCCCUUUACACAUUAAUAUUAGCAAUAGAUGCUAAUACUUUUUAUGCAAAGUUGCAAUUAGGAUACUUUCUGUUUGAUGAAACAUAGAAAUAGUAAUUGUAACUGGCCGCAUGUCUAGCCAUUCAGGGCAGAGAUCUGGUCACACUUUGUCAGAUAUUGGUCAUCUACAAAAAUGUAUGUAAACGGUGCAAAAGAUUGAUCGUAGCACAAAGAUCUGAGGCUGCACAUGGGCCCCUUGGAGUCCAGAGUUUACCGUUGCCCUGUAGCACACAGCCUACUAAAUUAAGCAUUGCACAUGGUGUGACCGUACGUUAUUAAUGUUUUUAUUGCAUUUAUGAUCGUAAAAUCGGUGCCAGAGCAGCUUCUUUCUCACAACUCCAAUCAGCAGACAUCUGACCAGACUUGCUGCCUUGUCAUUUCUGGCCGUAGUCAGCUGUGUUCGGACUGGAAACACACACACACACACACACACACACACACACACACACACACACACACACACACACACACACACACACACACAGUUCAGAUUGGCAUAUUGGGAUAUUUUUGCAAUGGAACCUUUUUUUACAGAACUACAACAUGCAGACAUACACAUUGGACACAUUGAUUUGUGGCUUUAGUUUGGGUUAAUGGAGUAGGAGAAUAUUUACGUCCUUUUAGGUCUACAAGAUGGUUGGCUAUACUUGGCAGUGGAGGAGAUGGUCAACAGUCUUAUCCUUUUUCAAAAGCAAUUGGCUGUUUAUUACGACCGAAACCUUUUGUUCGCAAAUACAUGUUGGAUGUCGUUUUAUUCGAUGCAGUUUUGAGUUAAAAAGGUCUUGUCAGGUCGUCGUCGGGGAUCGUCAUUUUUACCUUUUUGUCUUCUCUAUAUAUGUAGUGCAUAAGCACCCUCUGCUGGCCGACUGAGAGCUGUACGACCAAAAAACUUCUGUUCAGAGGCCAUUAUUAAAAAUAGUUCCUGCUCAAAGAAAAAACGUUGGAAUACAAUUAGUUCUGCAAGGGUACAUCUUUGACGCAUUACUAAUGAUGAUUGAACCUUUCUUUUUUUUCAUAAUUAUACAUAAACAGACAUCAAAGUAAUGUAGCCAUAUAUUUUCUAAUGGGAAAACUAGGAGCCAAGAGUUUCUAUUUAAUCAUAUUAUGUAUAUUUUACAAAUGAUUACACAAAGAAUCAUAUAUAUAUAUAUAUAUAUAUAUAUAUAUAUAUAUAUAUAUAUAUAUAUAUAUAUUUUCUAGCUACCUAAAUGUUUGGUAGAUAAAAAAUUUAAGAGCUUUAAUUUGAGUGCAAUUGGUUAGAAAGGCCCGAGCAAUCAAUAAGCUAUUAUAUCUGAGAGGGAUGUGAUUUUUUUUCUUCUACACUUUCAAACUCCAUUCUCAUUUCUGCCCUCUCUUUACAACUAUUGAAUGUUUCCUGCAGCAUCUUAAAACCCUCCAUCAACAAACGUUUCUGUCCAUGCCAUUAAGUUCCCUUCAUCACCACAGUAGUUGAUUAAAUCAUCAGAGACGAUCCAUCCAGUCUUCAGCCAGUGUUUUUUUAUGAGUGAAUCAACUAAUUUAACAACACACCCGUCAAACAACCAAAAGGAGUCCUUGUGAAUUUGUCCAGUGAAGAUGAGUCUCAGAAGGUAUAUUGAGAUUUUUUAGCACUUGGUCGAGAAGGCACUUGGUCAGUUUGGAUCCAUUUGCAUAACAGUGCAACACUUUUCAGCCACAACAACCACCAAGCCUUGCAGUGGCUGUGGAGGAUUUGUUCACAUCUCUCGAGAUGCAGGGAACAGCACAGCUUCACCACCUUUUCAAUUUUUAAAGGGAUUACGGGUUUUUGCUUAAUAAUCAAACUGAACUAAUUCAAUUAAGUUAAGCUGUUUUGAAUAAUACAAUGGAAUCUUAGUUACAACAAAUAUAAAAGUAAUUUACGUUAACAUUAGUUUCAGCCCAAAAAUGUCCUGCCAAUUAAUUUCUUUCAAUAUCUAUAAUAUUGACUAUACAAUAUAUGUAUAUACUAUACCAAUUACUUAUUUAAGUAGAAAUAUCUUCGCACACAAUGUACCGAAAUGUGUCCUGGUCCUCUCAGUUAAAGAAAGCACAAUAGUCUAUGAUGGCAGUGUAUUUCAUUUCAUAUUCGUGUCAUACUUCAGUUUACUUUGACAUAAUUACCAUUAAUCCUUGUCAACCUCUUUAUCUCUCCCUCUUGUCACACUAAGAUCAACAUGUUAACACUGCACUCAUCACAGGUUUCAGAGUUUCCUAGGUAGCAUGAUAUUGUGGAACAUUUAGAACUUCAUUGAAUUCUGGUCCCUCAAUCAUCUCUGGCUUUAGGGACGGUGUGCUACCUAAACCAACUAUUGUCAUUGGGGCUCCUCUCUGACAUUCUUAACUCUAGUUCUUUGUUGUUUUCUUCACCAACAACCUUCUCAAACAUCCAUUAAAUCACAACAUAUGUUCUGUACACACAGAAGAUCAUGCAGAGGGCUGCUCAGCCAAUCGUUAAACACAAGCACCAGAAAUGCUUUGAUAACAUCCAAGGCAUGCACACUAUUCCCUUAGUCCUGGGGUGAAGUCCUGCAGAACAGAGACCAUGGCAGAGUAAUGUAGGCCUACAGACCAAUACACACACCCACAGUGUUUGUGGGUGUGUUUCCCCCUCCCCCAAUUCCUCAAACAAACGACUGUGUCCCGUUUCUUUCCUUGACUUGUUUUUUUUAAUCAGAUGUCAAAAGUGUAUGGCAAAAUACAAACAUUUCAAUUGAUUAAAAUACAGAUUUACGAUUGAUUUCAAAUCGAGGGAAAAUAUAAGUAUAAAUACUUUUGGUGUUUCUACGUCUUAAAGGUGACACAUUAUACCACCAGGUGUGAGUGUGAUUAGCAGUUACAAGCAGUUUUGAAAAUCGGCAUCUUCCGACAUCACAAGUGGGCCUGUCCACCUAGAUGUAUGACGGAUGGAUGAGCAACGUUUGCUACAAUCCACCAAGCCCCUGGGAACAGUGAAUACUUCCGCAAUCCUCCAGUGCUCAGCGGCCAAGCCUGUUAUUGCAGCUGUUUAGGUCGGCUGUGGACGGGUCCCACGAUUCAAUGGGCCCAGAAGUAGAUAUCCCCGUUCCCCACUCAAGUGGGGAACAGGAAUGUGUCUCCGCAGAAAAAAAAUUCUGGAUAUCAAUCAAAGGCUCAUUAUUAUCUUUAUACCAUGUACUUAUGUCUGGAUAUCAAUCAAAGGCUCAUUAUUAUCUUUAUACCAUGUACUUAUAAAAUGUAAGUUUUUCUCUUUUAAAAAAAACGCCACCUCAAGCGUUUUAUAAGCAGUAGGAGGGGUGGGCAGCUGAAAGGAGUCGUAGUAGAACGCAUGUUGUUUCGGCCCGGCCUCCGAGAGGGCUCAGUGCACGGCUCCGUUAACUUCUCGUGUCCGGAUUUUCCUUUUACUUAACAUGAAUGACGUCGAUGGUUUUUAGGCACUGUGUUGACUUUUUAUUACUUAAAGUCGCCGAGGGAUGUGUAGACAGACCUCUCGCUUAUGAUGCAACAAUGCUAACAAUGCUAGACAACGAGAAUAUUUCUACAUCCGGCACGUCAUGCACUAGGGCGUGGCGGGCUCCCAUGAUGCGGAAGCAAAUCUCUCCCUGAUGUUGCCCUGCGCCAUUGAGCAGUUUUCAUAGGAAUGAAUGGGCGCCAUUUUUUUAUCCGCUGUCCUUUCUUUAAUAGGUCCAUGCAAUCCACUGGGUAGGCUGGUAAACUGAUAUAGAGCUCGUAAGUCUGCCCUUGCCGGGAGACCCCCAUGGAACCUCAGGGCUAGGAAAAUUAGAAUGGGUUUCAAUGAAGAGAAAGUAAUUAUUUUCUGGUCCCGGUCUUUAUGUGCCCUGGAUUACCCAUAGGUGGUUUGUGGAUUUAAAUUAUAAUUUUUCAUGUAAAGAAAACAAAAACAAUUAGUGGGGAAGUUUGAUAAUGUUAGGUUUUGUGUGAGGCCGCUCUUGUACAGACAUGGCGAUCUCUCUGCUCCACUUCACCGCACUUUUCCAAGGGGAGGAUAACAGCAUCGAAGGAGGUGAAAACCAUUAUAAGUCGGGGCAUGUGUCGAUUUUCAGUUAUGCCAAUGGGGAGAUUGACGGUCUUGUCCACGCCAGUUUCAGGGAGCGUGACGUCACAUACGAGACGUGUAGUCUUUCUCAUUGUGUUUCCUCUACAGCCUUUAACUGAACAAUUGCACAAUAAAUGGUCAAACUCUUGACAUGAACAAUUAUCAUUUAAAUCCACAAUCAAUAAUCCAGGGCAUAUAAAGACUGGGAAGGGAAAAUAAUCACUUUCUCCAUUGAAACCCAUUCAUAUUUUACAAUCUCAAAGGUCCCAUGGGGGUCUACCAGAAGGGGCGGACAUACGAGCUCUAUAUCCAGCAUACAUCUAGGUGGACACGCCCACUUGUGAUGUCAGAAGAGGCAGAUAAUGGGAUAAUCAAACUCACAUCUGGUGAUAUAAUAUGUCACCUUGGAGGAAAGUCCAUCGAAUAGCCAGACAGCAGUCACAAUACUUUUCCCAUAAAGGUACUUGGAUUGUGGGAUUGCGAUCCAAAGUGGGUAGCCUGAAAGCCUCCAUUAGAUUAAAUCGUUAUACCAGAUCACAAUCAAGUCCAGCACACCUUUAAAUCUUAGGGUUAACCCUUGAUGAAUCGGUGAUGUGAACGUGAAAUGCUACUUUUGGAAGUAACACCAAUUGUAAACCUUAGAUAAAACUAGAGUAGGGUGAUUCUGCUCCUAUAGAUUUGGUAUGGUUUGUUAUGGUGAGAACGGUAUCCUUGAACCCUAUUGUGGCCCAAACGGCCGCGCCGAGGCUACCUGAAAUGCUGCUCUCCUUCUGUGAGCAGUUUCAUUAUCUUGACAUAAGAAAUGCUGUUUUUUCUCCAAAUUAAUGCAUGGGGAAAUCAGACCUUGGAUAUUCAGAGGUUUAGUUUGUUAGGGCGGCCAUCGUUGAAACCAUAUAGUAGGAUAUUUAGAUAAAUUAUUUAUGUAUGGCUUGAUGAAUAUCUAGUAUUUAUUUAAUAGCAUACAAAGGCUCAGUUUGGAAGUAAUUGAUUACUGAGUGACUUUCUUUUUGCCGGACAUUGCCAGAACGAUUCGCAUAUUAGUAUUAGUCUUCAACUGCUCAGUUAAUUUUCAAUUUCCAAGGGGUGUUAUUAUCAAUGGCUUCUGGAUGCAAUUGAAUAGACCUACAACCAAUCAGAUCAAACAUGUGACACAUUAGCAACAGCCUUCUUGGUUCUAAUCGCAUCACGCCUGUUCCAAUAUUGGAGUGGCUGUGAUUGGGCCGAUCCCGAGCCAUGUCUGGAAAUCUGUCUGAACUGGAGGGGGGGGGGCAAACAUACCAGAGUUAACAAACACGAGCACACAGUUACAAACUUUUAUUGGUAUGAAAAAAGCAAAGAUUUCUGAAGAUUGACCAUGCACUCAAUACCGCAGGCCUGAGUGAUGUUCCCAAUUUCUCAGCCAAUUCCUCAAAGACUUUUCGUUUUGACUAAAGGGUAACCGACCCAAAAUGUUAUUUUAGGUACCGUAGUUUUUUUUUUUUCAAAACGAAAAGGCAACUGUGAUUCACAUGGCACUUGCAUUAUUUUUUUUUUGCAGAGAUACAACCUACAUGCAUACAUAGAUACAUGCAUGCAUGAAUGUAUGCAUGAAUGUAUGCAUGCAUACAUACAUACAUACAUACAUGCAUACAUGCAUACAUACAUACAUGCAUACAUGCAUACAUACAUACAUACAUACAUACUUAAAUACAUAGAUCUUUUUACUUUGAAGUAUAUAAUAUAUAUAUUAAAUACGACCUCCCAAAUCAACUGGCUCCAAAACUUUAAUUUGUAUAAAAAACAACGAUUUCUAAAGAUUGACCAUGCACACAAUAUCGCAUGUGUAUGGAACCAUAUAUGUAGCAAAAUUCAAAUGGCAAUGCAAUUUGCAAUUUGCAAUUCAAUAUGUCAUUACAUUAUGCAAUUGACAAUUCAUUUUGCAAUUUAAUAAUGUAAUUUGAAAAUACGUUAUUCAAAGUGUAUGCAAAGUGACAAUUAAAUCCUAAAUUCCAUUUGAAAAAGAUAUAACAAUAGAAAUAGAAUAGCAUGUCACAUUUUUUUAGUGCCUUUAUUAGAAUGGAAAAGCUAUAGCGCCCAGGUAAUUGCAAUGCACUUCACCACGCUCUGUGUGUUGCAGUAUUCAAGUGACAUUUCAAUCUGCCAAAGAUUUUGCAAAAGAUUUUGCAAAGCGUAUCGUGUCUGGGCAGGAACUACGUCACUUCCUCGUCAGCCCAACCAAAUAUUAGACAUUCUCUGGUAAAGGCCGGUUUAUACUCCUCCGUAAAGUGCUUUACAUAGACACGGAGAGCCCUCUCCCUCUCCGUAGCUUACAUGCUCAUCCUAUAUUUUUAAACUAUCUGUAGACGCAACGGAGAUGGCUAGGGCUGUGAUUGGUCCUCUAACAAAAUCAAUUCCGGAAUCACUUUGCACCUUAUUUACUUGCACCUUGUUUACUCUGCACAUUAAGGACCAAUAAAACAACAAAUAAGAUUUGUUAUUGUGAAAUAGAAAUGUUAUUCUAUUUUUAUUGUUAUAACUUUUUCAAAUUGAAUUGACGAUUUCAUUGUCACUUUGCAUAUUAAAAUACACUUUGAAUAA